AAAGUGCAGUUGCAAUUGCACUUUUCCAUAAACGGUCUCAGAAUGAAGGUGUGUCUUUUAGUAUUACUGUCUCUGACUAUGGCCUGGGCCUGGCCUGACCAUCAUGAGCAUCAUCAUCAUCAUGAUCAUGGAGCUGCCUAUGUGGUCAAGACUCACGGCGAUUUAAUUAGAUUCCGUAAUGUGUGUACCGAACGUGUCCAUGCUGAUGAGGAGGAUAUAGCCAAAUACAAGAAAUGGGAUUUUCCGGAUAACGAGAAGACUCGCUGCUAUAUACGCUGUGUAUUCGAGCAUUUUGGAUUCUUUGACGAAGUUACUGGUUUCGAUGUUCACAAGGUCCAUGAGCAGUUGGCUGGCAGCAAGGGCGAACAAGUGGAUCACACCGAUGAUACUCAUCAGAAGGUUGCCAAUUGUGCGGACAGCAAUGAACAGAAGAGCGAUGCCUGCACCUGGGCCUAUCGUGGUGCUAUGUGCUUCAUGGGAGCCAAUCUACAAUUGGUUCAACACAGUGUCAAAGUGUAGAUUGAAUAAUCUUUGAGACAAAUGUGGUAGUGACUUUUGAGACACAAAUAUUUGCAAUAAAAUUUUUGAUAAUUAUUGGAAUCAAAGAUCGAA